GGGUGCGAGGCUCCAGCGCACAGAAGGUGGAAAAUGUUUACCCUCAGCCUGGCUGGGUUGAAAUCGAUCCUGAUGCUCUCUGGGCUCAGUUUGUUGCUGUAAUAAAAGAUGCUGUAAAAGCUGCAGGAGUACAGAUGCAUCAAAUUGUCGGUCUUGGCAUAUCAACGCAGAGAGCCACUUUUAUUACAUGGAACAAGAGAACAGGACAUCAUUUUCACAACUUCAUUAGUUGGCAAGACCUAAGGGCAGCUGAACUUGUAAAAUCCUGGAAUAAUUCUCUUGUAAUGAAGCUAUUGCGUGGUUCCUGCCGAGUCCUUCACUUUUUCAGUAGAAGUAAACUAAUGUUAACAGUCAGUCGCUUCAAUUUCACCACCCAGCACGCUACCUUAAGAUUGAUCUGGAUUUUACAAAACCUAUCUGAGGUGCAAAAGGCAGUUGAAGAAGACAACUGCUGCUUUGGGACUAUUGACACGUGGCUGUUACAUAAGCUCACAAAAGGUUCUUCGUAUGCCACGGAUUAUUCAAAUGCCAGUACAACUGGAUUUUUUGAUCCAUUUGGGAUGUGUUGGAGCAAGAUCAUAGCCAACGUGGUUUCCAUACCGCUCUCUAUCCUGCCUCCUGUGAAGGACACAAGCCAUAAUUUUGGAUCAGUGGAUGAAGAGAUAUUUGGUGUUCCUAUACCAGUUGUUGCCUUGGUUGGUGACCAGCAAUCGGCCAUGUUUGGAGAGUGCUGCUUCCAGACAGGAGAUGUGAAAUUAACCAUGGGAACCGGGACAUUUUUGGAUAUUAAUACAGGAAACAGCCCUCAGCAUGUUAAUGGAGGCUUUUAUCCAUUAAUUGGAUGGAAGAUUGGGCAAGAAGUUGUAUGUUUAGCUGAAGGCAAUGCAGGAGAUACGGGUACCGCUAUAAUAUGGGCUCAAAAAUUAGAUCUUUUCACAGAUGCUGCUGAGACUGAGAAAAUGGCCCUGAGUCUGGAAGAUUCUGAAGGGGUUUAUUUUGUUCCAUCGUUUAAUGGAUUGCAGGCCCCAUUAAAUGACCCCUGUGCGUGUGCCUCUUUUAUGGGUUUGAAGCAUUCCACCAGUAAAUACCAUCUCGUCCGAGCAAUACUGGAGUCAAUAGCUUUCAGGAACAAGCAGUUAUAUGAUAUGAUGCAGAGGGAAAUCCAGAUCCCAGUCACGAAUAUCCGGGCAGACGGAGGAGUGUGUAACAACGCUUUUGUCAUGCAGAUGACUUCAGACUUGAUUAACGAGAGGAUAGACAGACCAGCCCAUUUCGACAUGUCCUGCUUGGGCGCAGCCACCCUGGCUGGCCUUGCUGUUGGAUUUUGGGCGGACAAGGAAGAGCUGCAGAAGCUAAGGCGAAGUGAAAUGGUUUUCAAGCCUCAGAAGAAGUGGCAGGAAUACGAAAUGAAUAUGGAAAACUGGGUGAAAGCCGUGAAGCGCUCCAUGAAUUGGUAUAACAAGGCAUAGCACUGCGCAGCCAGCGGAAACCCCACAUGGCAGGCUGGCGGGUCGCACAGAUGAGAGAAGCUCAGGGAUUCCCGACAUGAACGACUGUGGCGGAGAGGAGCUGAUUUAAACUGAACCCCACUAGCGGAGAGAAAAAGUGUUGCUCUUUUUAAAAACUCACCAGAAAAAUAUUUUACUUUUUAAGUCCAAAUCUUAGUGAAAUUUUAAGGCGAUACCUCAAAAUUGUGUCUUCUUCUAGCAACUUCCAAAGGACAUUUUCCACUCCCAAGUGCAUUUUGAUAAUUUUGUAUCCUCUUUUUUUUUUUUAUACCAGGUCAAUGUCACAUAGGUCAUCGUUAUUCACCCUUAGAGAGGUAGCUAUUCUGGGUCAAGCACCAUCACAUUUUGUUAAAAAUUAUGAAAAAGUUUUCUUAAAUUUAAAAUCAAGUGGACUGUUGAGCACUUUUUGUGCCACUCUGAGGAGAGCUCAUUAGUCAGCACUUUCCUCUGUUGUGCGUGAAGACACGCCCUUAAUUCUUCCUUGUACAACCUUUGUUAUUGUUGUUGAGGUAUGGUCACUGUAUAGCCCAGGCUAGCUUGAAGCUUCAGAUUCUCCUGCCUCAGCUUCCACAUUCUGGGAUUCUAAGUGUGCCUCUUCAUGCUGAGCUGAGGUGGAGGAACCGGUUUUAGUUAGUGGGCUAAAAAGGCCAGGCGUGGUGGCAAAUGUUUUUGAUUCCAGGACUUUAGAGGCUGAGGGCAGCAGAGAGCGUGAACUUGAAGCCUAUCUGGGCAGUUCGGGGAAUUCUAGGCAAUCCCGGUGACUUAAUGAGGCCCUGGAUUUAAAAACAAAAUAAAACCUUUCAUUUUGUUUCUUUGAGAAAAUAUCUGCCAUCCAACUCAUGCUGGUUUCUAACUCUUGAGCCUCCUGCCUUAGUCUCCAGAGUUCUAUGUAACAGUCUAUUUUUAUAAAAUGCAAGUAGUUAAUGUAAA